AUGACGUCAUCGGGACGACGGAAGACGCCUCGGCCGAAGACUGGAAUACUGCAGCUUCUCCAAAAGGAACUGAAGACUUUCGAUGAAGAGAACCGUCCUUUACUCCAUGAUCAAGAUGAGCGACUACAGUUAUGCUUGGUUUUGCUUGAAAGUCCUGUGUUGACUGGGUUGUCCGAAGCACAACGCUUCGGAAGAUUACGGGCGCGAAAGCUUUUAUUUGACAUUCUCCGACGCUUGGGAGAAGAGGUUUUCUUCCUCUUUGCUACAGCGAUAAGUAUCACGAGGUUGUCAAGAAUCUCGGAGGAAACUGUGCUAGAAGUGCGUCAAUGGUGGAAAACCAUCCGCAAGUGCCCGAAUGGCCUUACCAUCAAGGCUAAGGAAAUCUGCAAUGAUGAAUUCAAACAAAAAUAUACAGCAGAUAUGCCGAAGGAUUACUCUUCCACGAAUCAGCCUCCUCCCACGGUUGUCGAUAUCGAGUUCGCGGAGCUUUUGAACUUUUUCCAAAAGUAUGAACUUGGUUCGCCAAGGUUGAAACUGAUGUGUCCCUUAUUUGGAUCGCCAUUGCCAUGGAUCGAUAUAAACCUAGACUCCUCCUCAGAACGGACCGCACGCAUUGAACUUUCUCUUAGAGCAAGUGAGGCGUUGGUCAAAUAUAUUCGAGUCGCGCGGGAUCUAACUGGCGUAACGGAAGUAUCGAACUGA